AUGAUCAGCACAAGAAUGUCCGACUUCGACGUGGAGCUAUGCCAUGCAUUCUUCAGCGCUGUCAGUAAGUCCGACCUCGUCUGCGUUCCGUGUAAGCAAGGCCUCAUCCGAAGAUAUCUCCACUCCAAAGCACGGGAAGAUCUAAUCUUCAAGACUUUCAGGCGGAUCAACCAGCUGGACUAUCCCCUCUUACUAAGCCUAGUCCGAACCUUGGGCGGGCCAGAAGAGAUCAAACGUGGGAUGCGACAUCUGGAAGACGUCCCACAACGUCCUCAGCAGUUUGAUAUGACGAACUUCAAGCAAUGGGACUGUGCUGACAGUCAAACUUGGGGCAAUCUACACAUCUGGUUUAGGAUCCUAGCCAAGGAAGAAAGCGUCAUACCACACCCUCUAAUCAAUACGGAUUUCAGAUCAUCGGCCUGGCGAUCACGGGCUUGGGCUGUAGCCUCGGGGCGGUUCACGCUCGACGACCUCCGGAAUGGGCGCUCCAUCAGACGAUUUGUCAAUGAUCAUGAAGCGCGCCUCCUGGAAGCUUCUCUGUGGGUGGCUGAGGCAAAGAUAACCAAGCCUGCGAAAUAUGAAAUCACUCCCGAGGCCUGCGAGUGUUUUCCGCUAGGGGAUGGCACUGUGAAGUUUCAAGACAUCAUUCAGAAGCUGAGUGUAUUUCCUGAGGUUUUGAGGGACCCAAACUAUGUUCGCCUGCGCCGUCAGGCGAUCGUGGCCAAGCUUGUUAAGAGCUGCUUUGAUCCAGAAAUUGUGGACGGCGUGUUUCAAAGAUGUGCGCAGCCCUCGCUUCCAGAGACUGCGGACCCGUUUGAAGCUUUCAUUGAAUACUGGGAGUCGCCUUCCGUUAGGGAGGCUGUGGCGCACCUGCUCAAGCUGCGCUUAGAGAAUUUUCUGAAUGAGCCGGCUACCAAUGCAAUCAAAGUGGUGACAGAGUCUGAAAACAAGCCGACUAGCCAACAUCUUUGCAUGAGGCGGGGUGUCACUUUCAAGCAUCCUGGCGUUGAGCUGGAGUACCAGGCAUAUCACCCUUUGACGCCACUUCCCUGGAACGAAAACCCGAUCGACUACGAGGCUGAGGCACGUAAACUACACAAAGAUGAGUAG